AUGGAUUCUUCAAGUUCACGCUUGGAUAAAGAGGGCGAAGUUGAAUCUCCAUAUACACAUAUUCCAAAUAAUGAUGCUUUAACCCACCAAGAUGAUCCUCAAAAUGAUGUGGGUGAAACAAUUGAAGAACCGAAUGAAUUAUUGACAUUUAGUUCGGAGGAAGAGUUGAAUGAUAAUGAAGACAAUGUUGUAUUAUUGGAGAUGAUUGACGGAGAUGAAAAAGUUGAAGAACCUAAGACGUCAAUGAUAUUUACUUCAUUAGAUGAAGUCAUCUCAUAUUAUAGGAAGUUUGCUAAGCAAUCUGGUUUUGGUGUGCUGACAAGAACCACAAAAAACAAAAAAAAUGGUCAACCAAGAUAUAAAGUCCUUACAUGUAGUCGUGAAGGCCGAGACCGAACUAACACAAGUAAUGUUGCAAAGCCAACUCCAACAACUAUUAGAACAGGGUGUCAUGCUAGGAUUUGUGCAUCGGCAUGUGUGGAUGGAACGUGGUUUUUGAGUAAAGUUGUGCUUGAGCAUAAUCAUCAAUUAAGCCCGGGCAAAGCAAGAUUUUUUAGAAGCAAUAAGAUUAUAAAUGAUGUUGCCAAAAGAAGGCUUGAGCUAAAUGAUAGAUCAGGAAUACGGACCAGUAAGAAUUUUAAUUCAUUGGUUGUUGAAAUGGGGGGGUUUGAGAAUGUUUCAUUUGAAGAGAGAGAUUGCCGAAAUUAUAUCAACAAGGCAAGAGAGCUUCGGCUUGGUAAAGGAGGUGCUCAGGCACUUUGUGAGUAUUUUUGUAGAAUGCAAAAUCAAAAUAGUGGCUUCUAUUAUGUGAUGGACAUGGAUGAUGAUUGUAGGUUGCGAAAUGUUUUUUGGGUUGAUGCAAGAAGUAGGGCAGCGUAUGAAUACUUCAAUGAUGUUAUCACGUUUGAUACGACGUAUUUGACCAAUAGAUAUGACAUGCCCUUUGCUCCUUUUGUAGGAGUGAAUCAUCAUGGUCAGUCUAUAAUUUUGGGGGCAGGACUAAUAUCAAACGAGGAUACAGACACAUUUGUGUGGUUGUUUAAUUCUUGGUUGAGGUGCAUGAAGGGUCGAGCCCCAAAAGCAAUUAUGACAGAUCAGGACAGGGCUAUGAAAAAUGCAAUCGCAAGAGUUUUUCCUGAAGCUCGACAUAGAUAUUGUCUAUGGCACAUUAUGAGAAAACUCCCUGAAAAAUUUGGAGCACAUGCUAAUUUUGAUGGCAUUAGGAGAGCCCUAAAUACUUGUAUAUAUGAUUGUCAAACAUGUGAAGAAUUUGAGGAAAAUUGGAAAAUUUUACUUGAGAGUUAUCAUCUUCAAGAUAAUGCGUGGCUACAUGGAUUAUAUAGUGAGAAGACUUUUUGGGUGCCGGCAUACUUGAAAGAUACAUUUUGGGCGGGAAUGAAUACCACACAGCGAAGUGAAAGUAUGAAUGCAUUUUUUGAUAAUUACGUGCAUGCACAGACCACUUUGAAAGAAUUUGUUGAUCAAUUUGAUGGUGCAUUGAGGAGAAUGGUCGAGAAUGAGGCCCGUGCUGAUUUUGAUUCUUUUAAUCGCAUGAUCCCAUGUAUAAGCCACUUUCAUUUUGAGAAGCAAUUUCAAGAUGUCUACACAAAUGCAAAAUUCAAAGAAGUUCGUGAAGAGUUUGAGAAAGUUAUGUCUUGUAAUAACUAUCAUCUCAAAAGUGAAGGUGUAAUUUUUACCUAUGAAGUGAAGGAAUAUGUUGUCGUUGGAAGCCACAUGGUAGAAAAAACAUUUCUUGUUUACUUGAAUGAAGAUGAAUUUGAAGUGAAGUGCACAUGUGCAUUGUUCGAAUUAAAAGGCAUCUUAUGCAGGCAUUCUAUUUCUGUGUUAGUGACAAAGAAAGUGUACUCUCUGCCACCAAAAUAUUUUCUUGAUAGAUGGAGGAAGGAUAUAAAGCGAGAGUACUCUAUGAUUAAGAGUAGUUUUGAUGCUUGUGGUGAUAAUCCUAAUGCUAAAAUACAUGACAAGAUGAGAAGGACUUUUGAAGAAUUGGUAUCGCUCACAUCAGGAAACAUGGAACAUUGCAUGGAUGUGAUGAAUAGUAUUGAUAAGUUAAGAGAGAAAUAUCGUGCCUUAAAGCUUGUGCCCAAUCACUCUUCCCAUCACGCUUCAGUUGCUAUUGCAUCUUCAAGCUAUAAUGAAGUCAUUGAAGGUAAUAAAAAGGUGCUUAGUCCUAUUAAGGCUAAGCGUAAAGGAAAGCCACGGUCAAAGCGAAUGGUGUCCGUUAUAGAAACAGUGGCCAAGAAGAAUAAAAAAAAACAGACCUCCAAAUCAACAAAAGAUCAAGACACAACAUGUCAAACUUCAUUGCCUUCUACAGCUCACAAUCAACGUGGUCAUAUAAUUCAUUUUCAGGAUUCCAUGGUUUCAUCAUCGACAAUGGCUCAACCCUUGGGUGGUCACCGUGAAACUGUUCUUUCUCAUGUGAAUUUACCGGUUGAUCCAACAAAGGAGUUGUCCAUAUUGGUAAGCCAACACAAAUAUGAAGAGGCUUUCAGUACAGCCAUGCGUCAAUGUGAUGCAUCACUUGUGAACUGGCUAUGCUCUAAGGUUGAUCUACGGUGGGUUUUGAGUAUGGAUCCUCUCCCUUUAAGCCAAGUAGUGUUGCUCCACCUAUUGCGGCAAUUAACGUUUUGUGUCAAUAACUCAGCCCAAAAAUUUGCUUGGAUGACGGAUGUUGUUAAUGCCAUAAUCCCAACUGACCUGACGAUUGCAAUGCAUGUGCGGCUCAUCUAUAAUGAAGUAUAUGGCAUACUCUACCAUCAACGUACCUUGCCCACAAUUACUUCUGCAGAGCUUUCAAGUAUCCAACAUCUAAUGAAUGUCAUUGCUCUCACAUUAGGAAAUCAUGUAUGA